UAGAGAAUAAGGGCGUGGGUUUGCAAAUUCGACAAUCACAACAAUACCCAUUCCCAAAGACGUAAGUAAUCUGCACCAAUCUGUGUGUGUGUUCGAUUCAUAAAUUUCGGAGGUUGGUAAAUUGUUAGGAUCACAGAGGAAGAAGAUAUGAUCGUUGGAUAGUUAUGCAGUGCGGGAGCAGAGGAGCCUCUGUAGUCAUAAAUGUCAAUGAUUUUGAUUUCAGACCACUCCUUUCGGAACUUAGGCUCGGGACACUCCGCUUCAAGCAAGGUAGUUGAAAAGCUGAUUGAAUUUGAUACUAUGAUGCAGACUUGCAUCAAAGACAGCUGUUACAAUUUAAGCUGGGUGUCUGGAUCAGAAUACUAUCAGACUGUUGAAUAGAUACAACUGCGGCUUCAGCAUUGAAUAUUACAUCCAUAAAUGUUGCAAUGGAUGAAAAUAGUAGGCAACCUUCUCCACCUGGAGUUACAUUUUCUCCUUCUCCAUCACUGCCGCAUCCACAAUAUUCUUCUCAGCCCAUACCAGGACAGGUUUCUCAAAAUUGUCCUUUGCGUCCAACCAAUCCUCAAGUAGACUCUAGACACUCAUCACCUUUUUCAGAGCAGAAAACAGUGCAAAGGCAUUUAUCUCAUUCAUCUUUGCAACCAAAUCCAAAGCAACUACUUUCUGCCUCACAGCUAAGUACAGUGUCACAAAUUAGCCAGCCAGUAAAGCAGUCUCAUUCCACUUUUCAGCCAUCAAUAUUGCCCUGGUCUACUGUAAGUGCAGGACAGCCAACAAACUCUCAAUAUGUGCAAACUUACUCUGGUUUUCUCCGGCCUCAGUUCAGUUCUCAAGCAGAUGCUGCACAUCAUGGCUCAGGAAUACACACUGCACCAUGGCAAAUGCCUAAUCAUUCAGGGUCUUCAAAUCAUUCUGCAAACCAACAUGUAGCGUAUCCUCCUGGGUUGAAUUGUGGGCAGGUACCUCAUUUUUUGCAGCAACAGCAGUUUCAAGGAGGUAUUCCUUCUAAUCCACCCCAUGCACCAGGUGGACCUACUUCCACAGAACCACAGGUACUGUGUGUUGGAGAGAUACAGAAUCAAUCACUUCAGCAAGUGGUAUCAAACCAAACAAUGCAAUGUAUAUCCAACCCGCUGCAAGAAAGUAUUGCUUCUCAUGAGGAUGGACAGUUGCAGUAUCUGCAGCAAACUUCCCAAGAGAAGCCUUUGGGGCCACAGGAAGAUGAAUCAGAGCAAAAGCUUGGAAACAUAUCUGAACAGAUUGAUAAGAGUGAUCAGCCAAAAUCCAAUCGAGAAAUUAAGCGCAAAUCACGGUGGGACCCUGUGCUCGAACAAAAUCAAGCUGAAGAGCAAAGUGCUGAAGAGAAUGUUAGGUCUUCAUGUUGUUCAAAUUCAUGGUCGAACAAUGGGCAACUGGAGCCUGCCAUUUGUGUAUCUCAAGAAUCAUCUACACCUGUUGUUGAAAUAUGUUCUGCAUCUCCAGCAGUUUUGAAAGGUUUCAAUUCCUUCAAUAAAGAUAACAUUGAAAAUGCUGUCCAGGAUGCAGUACUGCGCGAACAGGAGGUAGCCACCCAAUAUGUUAUCAAUCACCAAAGACAAGGGAGGAGGGGGAAUGAAGGUAUGGACAAGGAAGAUAAAGAUAUUUUGUCAGAGCGUCAUGACUCUAAAGCUUUGAAAGAGGUUCUAUUGAAGAUGACAACUGACCAUCGUACAGAGGUGGCUUCCAAGCGGGCUAAGUUGAAUCAUCCCAAUCAAGGAAAUACCGAAAUUGGGAAUGGCUAUGGAGUACCUGGUGGUGGUGCGUAUUACGGAGCACCUCGGCCUCCAAUGUUCAACAUUGCAUCUGAAGCUAGCCACCAUAGAUCAAAAGACCAUAAUACUCUCACAACGGGGCCUUUAGAUGAUCAGAUUUCUACUUCUUUUGCAUCGGAGGUCUCAAGCAAUGUAGGUUCUAUGGUGGGUCCAAAUAAUGGUUCUCUGGCAAUGGAAGAACAUACUUUCACAGAAAGCAAGAUGGAAAAGAAAGAACUUCCUGAUCUGUUGAAACAGAGGCUCAAAGCUCGAGGGAUACUCAAGGAGACUAAGGCAAUUGGCCAGGCAACUUAUGAAGAAAAAAAAGAUGUCAUUUCAACAGGCAAUGAAAUAUCGUCCAAAUUAUUACCCCAGGGAUGGGCCGAAGCUACUGAUCCUGAAAGUGGUGGUUUAUAUUAUUACAACGAGAGCACUGGAAAAAGUCAGUGGAAUCGGCCUGUUGAAACAUUUGUCCUUCCUCCACCUCCACCUCCCCCUUCCCUUCCACCUUUGCCACUGGAUUGGGAAGAAGCUACUGAUAAUGCAACAGGUCAAAAGUAUUAUUAUAAUGUCAAAACACAUAUAUCACAGUGGGAGCGUCCAAAAGCUUCAGAUUCUGCAGCCUUUGAUGUCAAGAGUAAAACUAGUACUUUAUCUGGAAGCGAGAAAAUUGCUAAUGAAAAUGCACCCUCCUCUAACUUUAAGAAAUGUGCUGGCUGUGGGGGUUGGGGACGGGGCCUUGUUCAGGUUUGGAACUACUGCAAUCAUUGCACAAGGACACUGAACAUUCCAGUGCCACAAGACAUGCUUCAUAGUUUGAAGCAGAGCACAUAUUUACCUGAAGCAGAGGAAAUCCCAGGAUCCAAGUUCAAAAACAAGUGGAAGGCAGACAUUACCGCUGCUGUUGAAGACGAAUCAAUUAAAAAGGACCUAAAACAUAGGUCUGCAGCAAAGCCUCCUCCAGGAAAAGGAUUCAAAAGAGAUGUCAGGAAACGGAUUCCUAGUGAUAAUGAUGAACUUGACCCUAUGGAUCCUAGUUCUUAUUCAGAUGCUCCACGUGGCGGCUGGGUCGUUGGUCUUAAAGGUGUGCAACCCAGAGCUGCAGAUACUACAGCUACAGGACCAUUAUUUCAACAGCGUCCUUACCCAUCCCCUGGAGCUGUUCUUCGAAAAAAUGCUGAGAUUGCUGCACAACGAGGGAAAUCCAGUUCUCACUUUAGCCUAAUACAUAAGAGAGGAGAUGGGAGUGAUGGGCUUGGGGAUGCAGAUUAAUUUUAAUCUUCGUGAAGCAUGUACAUUUGAGCUUGAUUUGAAAUAUGGUCAUAGUAUUGGCUGGAAGAUGCUGGAAUUUAAUGCUUUGAAUUCCUCGUAGAAUUUAGUAUCUGUAAAAUAAUGUUUCAUCAUCAGUUUUGACAUUGUGCAAGUGGAUCUUGAUCCAUCUUUGCCUACUCUUGAAGGCCCAUGAUAUUUCUCAUUAUGUCAUUCUGGGCAAAACAAGGUUCCUAUCUGGGACUUGAUGAUCAUAGCUGUUAUAUUGAGAUCUCAUACAAAGGUAAUAAUAUGUUUUUCAAGGAUAAAAGGUAUAUAUGUUAGUUCAAAACAACUACCUGGUAGAUGCAAUAUAUCUUAGCCAAACCAGCUGAUACCGAUGGAAUAGAGCACAUAGUACUAUGAUUAUUUCAGA